AUGCUUACAAAAUAAAUAGCUUUUAAGAGAUCAGAAUCACUUUCUUAAGUUGAUUACAAAAUAUAUAUAGAAUUGUUAAAAGGAAAACUUUAUAGAGGAGUAAUAUUUAUCUCUGUUCAAAUUCAUAAAAGUGAUGGAUUAUUGUUAGAUUGGUAAGGUGGUAAACUUGAUGGAAUAACAGUGAAUGGUAAUGCUGUUGAAUGGAAAUUGGAAAAUGGAUUCAUAACUUUAGUUGGCUAAGAAAAUCUUUAAGGUCUGACAGAAAUAAGAAGUAAAAUUUUAAAGUUAAAUGAUUAUAGUUAAUUUUGAGAAUGAAUAUUCUACUACAGGUUAUGGAUUACAUUCAUUUAUUGAUUCAGAUGACCAAUAAUAUCUUUAUUCAUAAUGUGAGCCUUAUCAUUUUUCCAAGAUCUUUCCAUGCUUUGAUCAACCAGAUUUAAAAGGUUUUAAAUUAAAUUAAUUUAAUAGGCACUCUUAAAUUGAUUGCUCAGGCUCCAAAAGAAUGGAAGAUUAUUAGCAAUGAAAAGAAAUUGGAAGGGAAUAUGUAAAAUGUAGAAUUGGCAUAAGUCUAACAAUUAGGUUAUAUUUAACAUAAGGAUGAUUAUUAAAUAUAGGAAUUUCAGACAACAAAGAAAUUGUCUACUUAUCUUUAUGCUAUUGUAGCAGGACCUUAUGAAGAGAUCAAAUGUGAACAAUUACACAAUGGAAUUGAGAUGAGUUUGUUCUGUAGAGUUUCUUUGAAAUAAUAUUUAUAAGGAGAUAGUAAUGACAUAUUUAAACUAACUAAGGAUGGUAUGCAAUACUAUGAAUAAUUAUUCUAAUUUCCAUAUCCAUUUAGCAAAUAUGAUCAAAUAUUUUGUCCAGAAUAUGCUACUGGAGCCAUGGAAAAUGCUGGAGCUGUUACUAUAAAUGAUAGUCAAAUAUUCAAAGAAGAAGUACCUAUAGAUUAAAUUGCUUAAAGAGGAAAUGUGUUGUUGCAUGAAUUGUCUCAUAUGUGGUUUGGAGAUUUGGUGACUAUGAAAUGGUGGGAUGAUUUAUGGUUAAAUGAGAGUUUUGCUGAAUUUAUAUCCCAUUUAUGCUAAUCUAAAGUUCAUAAUAUUCCUAUUGAUCAUUGGGUGGAAUUCUUAAAGAGUAAAAUCUGGGGUUAUAUAACAGAUCAAAGAAAUACUACUCAUCCUAUUUUCUGUGAUGUUCAAAAUACUGAUCAAGCAGAUAAUAUUUUUGAUGGUAUUACAUAUGCUAAAGGUGCAGCUCUAUUAAAAUAAUUAUUCACAAUGAUGGGAGAACAAAAAUUCAGUUAAGCUAUGGGAUAAUAUUUUAAUAAGUAUUAAUAUUCAAAUACUACUCUUGCUGAUUUCUUUGGAGUUUUGAAAGAAUAAUUUGAAGGAGAUUAUUUACUUUAAUGGUAAUAAGAUUGGAUUAUGAAAGCUGGUUUAAAUUUGGUUGAACUUGUCUCAGUUAAUUAAAAUAUUUAUACUUUUAAAUAAAUAGCAACACUUAAAGAUUUACAUCCAACCUUAAGAAAUUAAAUGUUUAAAGUUGGAUUAUAUGAUCAAGAUGGUAAAGAAUUAGAAGUUAAACUAAUUUAAUUAAAUCCAGUUGAAGAGACUAUUAUAGAAUUUGAACAUCAGAAUGCAUUUGUACUAUUAAAUUUUGAUGAUGGUUCAUUUGUUAAAACUUCUUAUUCAUAAUAAUAAGCAAAUUUCUUUUUAAAGAAUCUCUCUAAUCUUUCAACUAUAAAUAGAGUUUUAGUUUUAAGAUCUAUUUGGGAUUAAGUUAGAGAUGGACUUACUAGUUUUACUACAUUCAUAAAUGGUGUAUUAAAAUCUUUAUUGAAUGAAACUGAUGAUGCUGUUCUUUAAAUGGUUUUAGAAUGGUGUACUGGAGGUGUUUCAUUUUAUUGUCCAAUCAAACAUAGAUAAACUUUUGAGAAUGAAUUGGCUGAUGUUAUUAUUGAAUUAUUGAGAAAAUGUCCAAAAGAAAAUAAAAAUAAAAGAUUAAUAUUAUUAGAUUAUUUGGCAUUAUGGGGUACAUCUUAAUAAAAUUUGGAAUUCUUAUUAUAACAUAUAAAUUCAGAUGAAGCAGAAUUUGGAUUUAUAGGAUUGUCAAAUGGAUGGAGAAUUAUUAGAAAUAUAUUUGCUAAUCUUAACAUUCCAAAAGAACAAAAAUGGUAAUUAUUUGAAAAAUGGGCUUAAAGAGAUGGAACAGAUGAAGUAAGAUUACAAAAAAGAUUUUUAGAAAGUCUAUUCAAUUUUGAUAAACUUUGGGAAUAUUUUAUUAAUUAUAAUAAAGAAGAAAGUAUUCAAAUGGUUAAAGAAGCAAUGGCUGCAUUUAAUCAUUAAAUUCAUUUAGAAUAAUUGUUUAAUUAUGAAUAGAAAUAUUUUGAAAUCUUACCAACAAUAUUUUCAACUAAGAGUUCAGAAUAUGCAAAAGAGUUCUAUCAUUCUCUAUAUCCAAUUAAUGACAAUAUUAAUUCAUAUAUUGAAUAUUGUGAAAAAACCUUAUUAAAGUCAUAAAACGAUAUCUUAACUAAAUUUUUAAAGGAAUCUAUAGAUGCAGACCAAAGAAGAUUAAAAACUUAUAAAUUCUUUUUAGAUCCAAAAUGA